UUGCCUUGAAAUUUGUUCAAUGAACCGCACAACUCAUUUCGCUCAAGCUUGCGCUCAUUGUUUUUGCGCUACGCAGGGGCACAAGGCAGUCGCGUUUUUAUCAGCAAACGUGGCUAAGUCUUAAUACUGAUCAUGAUGCUCCACCAAACGAACUGAUAUAUAUCCUCAGCUGAAAAUGCAUCUUUCUCAGAAAACUAAAACCUUCAGCCAGCUGCAGGUCUUACAGCUGAGCUUCUUGUUCAUAGAGUUUCUCUUCUCUAUUCGAUAGGACAUGCAGCGCGCUCAAAAGGCUUCGUCGUCUUCGGAUUCAUCACCUUCAUCCACUCCUCCGGGAAGUCAUGCUCUUCAGCCGACCGCAAUUCGUCCAGAAUCAAAGGAGCUAAAGCCGUUGUUCACGCAGAAACCCCUGUCUUUUUCAGAUCGGGAGAAGAAGCCUUCUCCACCUCCGCGCAAGCGCAGGAGGCAAGUGAUCCCGGAAACCCCCGCUUUGACCUUCAAUCCUUCCCAGAGAAUGAUACCGACAGGGCGACAGGAGCCUCCACAGACACCAGUGUCGCAGACUACACCUAUUUCAUCUACCAACGAAUGCCCUAGUUGGGUGUCUGAUGAAGUUGGUGACCAGCUGCCCUCUGAUACCUCCGUGUAUCCUCACUCCACCGCUUUUAAACGCCCUCGCACCACGAGUGGUGGCGACGGUUCACCGCAAGUCCCUGGUUAUCCCGCCGCGUACUACAAUUUCAGGACUCCGGAUACAGCGGAUCAUCAAGAUUCUCCAUUGUCUGGAGGAAGUUCUUCAUCAACUAAUUCCUUCGGCUCAUCUCCAAUACAUCCCACUUAUGGACCGGAGGGCGAAUAUCAGCCUUUUCAUCAGGAGAUGACGGGACAAAAUGCUGCAGAUUACGCGCCACCACGUAGAGAUGUCUACCGGGACCCUAGCUACCUCCCACCUCAAGAGGGUGUCUGGUCCCACUGCCCCAACUACUAUAAUACCGUGUAUCGCGAUCAGCAGCCUUAGACACCCAUAGUCUCCCUUGACUGCGUCACUGGUUGAUGUUCAUCGGACAAGAGUAAACUAGUUUGACCGAGCGUAGUGAUAUUGGUGGAUGUUUUUCAGAGCCGUAUACCUUGACCCUUUUACUUAGAUGCGUUGUGCGUCCGAUUUUAUUUGUCUAUACCGAAAUUUCUGCGUAUUUUGUCUUCGCCUUCUCAGAAUCUAAUUGCAGUUCCCAUG